CACUCGAGUACAUUUAACUUUUGUUCAGUUGUAUUAUUACAAUUUGUAAAAGGGGUCUGGUCCUGGAGAGGGCCACUGUCCUGCAGAGUUUAUCUCCAACUUGCCUCAGCACACCUGCCUGGACGUAUGCCUAAUUAGACCUUGAUUAGCUGGUUCAGGUGUGUUUAACUGGGGUUGGAGCUAAAGUCUGCAGGACAGUGGCCCUUCAUGACCGAGUUUGGAGUCGCCUGAUUUAUAAUAUCUGCAUAUAUAGCAGCCCGGUACCUUGUUUUUUGACUUUGUUUCCCAUCUGACUGAUGCAACCUGACUCUCAAAUUGUGUUGCAGCCAGCCAAUCAGAUCGGGACUGGCUAUUUCAUUAACAUUUUUUUUUCUUCUGUGCAAUAUGCAUUAGGCAGUGAGUGUGAAAAAUACUGUCGAUUGAGUAAAUUGUAUGCAACCUGGAAUGUUACCUGUAGUUGUAGGCACAUGUUGAAAGAAAGCACUAGGUACAAUUUAAAUAUCAGCUUCUUACAACAGAUGUUUAUUGUAUUUCCAUGUCGCCUCAAUGAAUCCAAAUGUGCAAUUUGUCCUGAACGCUGAAUUAGAGUUCAUACUCAAACCCAGUGUUCUUUAGGACCGCGCGGUGUCACAUCGGUCUGUGCUCGCCGCUCUCAAGAAUGGGUUCAGUCCGCGCGCACAGCACACACACUGCCAUCUCCAAGCGCGAGCGGAGCGCGUCAAUUUAAUGACGGCAUAAUCUGAUGAAGUAGCAACAAUUCGGGGAAAAAGUGGAUCUUCAUGCGCACAUUCCCAGGAAUAUUCCAGCUGGCUUCAGGAUGAAGACACCAAUGCGUCAUGGAGUAGCCGUGUUUCUCGCGAUCACCAUGUGCACCAGUCUGUUGUUCGUGUACAGCGUCAGCUACAAUAAUAAUACUACAGCAUCCAGCGCGUCAAAGGGCGCGUCAGGUGAGAAAGUGGAGCCCACCAGAGCGCCGCGCGUGCCUCCAGCACUGCAGGGAUACAGCAGCAUCAUUGAGCACAAGCCUCUGAAGAUGCACUGCAGGAGCUGCGCGCUGGUCACCAGCUCGGGUCAUUUAACCGGUGGGGGUCGUGGAAAAGAGAUUGAUCAGGCGGAGUGCGUCAUCCGUAUGAAUGAUGCACCCACAGCCCGUGGCUACGGGGCGGACGUGGGUCACCGCACGAGCUUGAGGGUCAUCGCUCAUUCCAGCAUGCAGAGAGUGCUGCGCAGCCGCCAUGAACUCCUCAACUCCAGUCAGGACACGGUCUUCAUCUUCUGGGGACCCAGCAGUUACAUGCGACGUGACGGGAAAGGGCUGGUUUAUAACAACCUGCGGCUUAUGAACCAAGUGCUGCCCAAACUCAAGGUCUAUAUCAUCUCCUGGCAGAAAAUGCUCCAGUUUGAUGAGCUAUUCAAGAGAGAGACCGGCAAAGACAGGAGAAUCUCUAACUCGUGGUUAAGUACAGGCUGGUUUACAAUGACUAUUGCCUUAGAGCUUUGUGACAGAAUCAAUGUUUAUGGCAUGGUGCCUCCAGAUUUCUGUAGGGAGUCUCAGCACCCCUCUGUCCCAUAUCACUACUACGAACCCACGGGUCCGGACGAAUGUGCCAUGUACAUCUCCCACGAGCGAGGCCGUCGAGGCAGCCACCAUCGCUUCAUCACAGAGAAGCGGGUCUUUGCUAACUGGGCUCGGACAUUCAACAUCCAUUUCUACCAGCCGGACUGGAGUCCUCCACCCUUACCGAGAAAUAUCACGGCAACCACACCAUUUCCCCGAUCGCAGAAGACGUGACUCUUACCAGAGCCUUCAAAAGAUCUCAGACUGCCUCAAACGGAUCAGUGGCUAAUUCCUGUUGCCAUGUGGAUGGAGCUUUAUGUGUUUUGGCUGGGACAGGGAGCUCUGGGAGGAAGGCGAUUCAUGGAGAACUGAUGCUUAAACCUAUUCUUUUGCAUAUUCAUUGUUUUUUUGUUUUUUGAGGUAUGAAAAGCAUUCCAGCAAUCUGUACACAUUCAAAUUUCAGAAAUUCUCAUCAGCAGCUAACUGAGUAUCACUGGGAGUUCUUAGUUUUAUACAGUGCAAAAGAAAAAGGGUGGUGGAUCCAAGAGCUCUGGGGUGUUGAGAAUCUGCUUGCACAAAAACGUGUGCUAAAGUCAAUGUAAAAGUCAUUUUAGUUCCAUAAUAUGGUAUUUGUAAGUGAAACAGGAUAUUCAAUGAGAGAUCAAAACGGUGAAACUUAAUUUUAUCCAAUUGGAAUUGAUUUGAUUGUGAAACAUGGUCUCUAUAUGACAGGUGGUUGGAGAUAUUUGUUUGUGAUAUCAGCUGAACAGCAAUAUUUUUUUUAUUAAUUUUGAUUAUGAGUACCAUUUUUGGAACAGCGUGAAGCGAUAAAUAAUUCGUAAUGAGACCAUGAAUGUGUGCUAAGGGGUCGUUUACACGACACCAUUUUCAACUAAAAACGUAAGGUCCUUCAUUUACACAACAACAGCAUUUUGGGGGCCUGAAAAUGCAAACUUUUAAAAAACAGGUUUCAAAGUGCAAGUUUUUGAAAAUAUACCGUUAUCGUCUCCGUGUAAAUUACAAAAACACAUAGUGUUUCUUUACAAAGUGACAUCGCCAACUACUGGCCUGGCAUACAUAAUACAGCGCUUUUAGUUGUUUUCAUUAAUCUGUGUGAGCGGGAUCGUUUUGAAAAUGUUUUAGUACAUUGUUGUCAUGUAAACCUACCCUAAGAAAGUAAACAAGUACAUUUUUAUUAAUGUUGUCUUUAAGGCAAGACACCCCAGGUGAAUAGGUAAAAAAAGCUGAUUGAUUACAUUAAAAACUGCAUUCAUUUUUUUUAUUACAAGUUUUAUGAAAUUUUAUAUUUAAAUAUGCAAAUUAUGUACAUUUUCUAAUUAAAUAUGCACUAAUUUCAUUAUGUUGAAAUAUUACAGUUAAGCGGUUUUACUGAGGGGAUUUUGGAUUUCUCCUUUUGACACUUCAUAAAUCAGAAAAUACUGUCAAUUGCUAGGGAAAAAAAUGCUUUUAGGACUAAAAUGUUAAAAUCAGGAAAAUGAUAUAUGAACAAACCCUCAGCAAAAACCUUCAGAAUAGAUGGGGGAGGGGGGGAACUGUGACAUUUGAUGUAUGUAAGUGCUACUGAUGUGGCGAUUUCUGACUGAAAAAAGCUCAUCGUGAGAAAACAGCCUUUAUCAGAUGCAAAUAGAUAAAGUACAUUAAAAUAAACACCUAAAAGUAUGCUUUGGAGUUUUCCCUUACACUACUAUGAUACGACAAGUUAUGAAAAA